GCACGGCACGGCAAAGCUCCGGAAUUCGAACCCGCAUCCUGCUGCUAUGAGCACCGCCGACAUCGGGCUGAAGUGAACCGAGCCGAGACACCAACCGACGCGUCGAAGAUGAGCGGAACUGCGGCGGCCGCGGGAUCGGCUUCGUGCCGUUUCGCCCACUAUUUUGUUGUGUGCGGAGUGGACGCGGACACGGGCCUGGAGCCGGACGACGGAGCAGGGGAGAGCUUCGAGCAGAGCCCUCUGCGACGCUCCUUCAAGUCAAAGGUUUUGGUGCACUACCCUGAAAACACAGACAGGAAUCCCUUCAACAAAGAUGCUGUCAACAUGCUCUGCAUGCCCAAAGGUCUGUCGUUCCGCACCCAGGCGGACAGACGCGACCCUCGCUUUCACUCCUUCACCAUUUCCUUCGACGAUGGCACGCGCUCCUACGGCUUCGUUCACACCUUCUACGAGGAGGUGACCAGCCCCCAGAUCAUCACCGCCAUGCAGACGCUCCUCCAGAUGUACCACGUGGAGCACCACUCCUCCUCGUCGGCCUCCUCCCCCUCCCCCUCCGCCUCCUCCUCCUCCGCCUCCUCGCCCUCCACCUCCAGCAUGGACUCGCUGGCGAGCAGCCUGGAUGAGUCGGACGCCGAGUCUCUGGCCGGAGUGUCCGGUUGCGUGGGCUCCUUCGAUCCGGCCCGCGACACCCUCUACGUGUCCAAAGCCCUCUGCCUCAUCACGCCGCUCCCUUUUCUGCAAGCCUCGCGGCAAUUCCUGGCGCAGCUGCACCAGGCGGUGACGUCCCAGACCGCCCCGCCGCUCCCUCUGGAGAGCUACAUCCACAACAUCCUGUACGAGGUGCCCCUGCCUCCGCCCGGAAGGUCACUGAGGUUCCACGGGGUGCAGGGGCCCAUCAUGUGCCAGCGGCCCGGCCCCGGGGAGCUGCCGCUGGGGGAGUAUUCCCUCGGGGAGGCUUUCUCCCUGCUGGGGGUGGACAAUAUGGUGAAGCUACUCACCUGUGCACUUCUGGAAACUCAAGUCCUGCUAUAUUCUCAAGACUACCAGCGUUUGAUGACGGUGGCGGAGGGCAUCACCACCCUGCUGUUCCCGUUCCAGUGGCAGCACAUCUACCUGCCCAUCGUCUCCACGCCGCUGCACCACCUCCUGGACGCCCCGGUGCCUUUCCUGAUGGGUAUCCAGCGCCGAGACGGGGCUCAGAGGUCCUCCCUUCACCUCCCGCAGGAGGCCAAUCUCUGCUUCGUGGACAUCGAUAACCACUGUGUCGAAGCGCCCGAGGACCUUCCCAGAUUUCCUGAUCAGGCCGAGCUCAUCCAGGAACUGAGCGAGGUGCUGUUGCACUUCGGGGUCCCGCCGCAGGGAGGAGUGGUCACAAAGCCCACCACCACUACCACCACCAGCAGCAGCAGCACCGCCCCCUCCUCCUCGCCAUCCGAGCGCCUCAGCAGCCUGGUGCUGGAGGACCUGAUGGAGGACAGGAGGAACGGGAACCUCGGCGGCGAGGAGCUGGCGGUGCUGGAGAGGCUGCAGGCUCUGGCGAGGAGGUGCGGAGGAGGGAAGCUGUCGGAUGACGGGAAGACGCUGGGACAUGUGUUCGAGGAGGAGGAGGAGGAGCUGAAGGCUGCGAAGCUGAACAUCAACCUGAGGGAGGUGUUCGCCGUGCGCUUCGCUGCCAUGUUCGGCAGGUAUGAGGAGUUCGUCAUCCACAGCGCUCUGGAUCUGGACUCUUGGCUGAGCAACCGAGAGGGAACGCUCAGUUUCGACAAGGGCUCGUUUCUCUCAUCUCAGCCGGCGGCACACCUGCACUUCUUGUCCCGCUUCCUGGAGACGUCCAUGUUCUCGUCUUUCGUGGACGGAAAAGUUAUUUCUCGCUGGGCCGACAGGGAGCCGCUGCAGCAGCUGUUUGACAGUCGCCUGGAGCGCGAGCGUCUGUACGACACCGGCGACGAGGAUUCCCGCAGCUGCCCGUACAGGAAAUGCGCCGCACUGUUUGAGUCAGCUCAUCCCAUUGAGCGCAGACUGCUGAAGGCCGACCACACGGCCAUACACCCCCACCUGCUGGACAUGAGGAUCGGUCAAGGCCGCCACCAUCCGGGCUACUUCCCCAAGCUGCAGGCCGACGUGCUGGCGCAGGCACAAAACACCAACAAGUGGUCCGGUCGUGUCACGGCGUCACGCAGAUCUGAACCCAAGCGAUCGUCACUCAACGAUCACUCAGGAGUGGACAAUGAUCACAGACAGAAACACACAUUUCUGAGAAGGACCCUCCGCCAGUCGAAACUGCUCGACUCAUCACCUCAGGCCGUCUCUCAGACUCACCGGGAGUUUGUGGAUGGGCUUCUGAGCGAGUGUCGUCUGAAGACCAAACGGAUGUUGAUGGAGAGGAUGGGAAAGGAGAGCGUGGAGCUGGGUCAGGGCGAAGCCAACAUCACCGGCCUGCAGGAAAACACACUCAUCCAUGGCCUGUGUGAUCUGCUUGAGAGGACCUGGGGCCACGGUCUGCAGAUAAAACAGGGAAAGUCUGCUCUUUGGUCACAUCUGCUUCACUACCAGGCCGCCCGGGGGAAGACGGAGGCACCAGCCGAGUCUCCAGGAUCAAACUGUUCAGACCAGAGAGCACUUGAUGAAGGCACUUUGCUCCUGAGAGGAUCGUUGGUGCAGGACAUGAGGUUCAUCCAGUCCAUGAGCGAGGGUCUGUCUGACGUGGGGCAAGCCCGAGCCUGGAUCCACUUGGCUCUGGAGAAGAAAAUGCUUUCCCAACACCUCAAAGAGCUGCUCACAAACCAGGAGCUGCUCAGGCAGCUGUACAAACCUCAUGCAUUCCUGCUCUGCGAGGAAGAAAGGGAGCAGUUUUUGUUCCACCUGCUCUCCCUCAACACCGUGGACUACCUCUGUUUUACACGAGUCUUCACCUCCAUCAGUAUUCCAUAUCGCGUUGUUAUAAUACCCAUGAAGAAGCUGAGCAUCGCUAUGGCAACGGUUAAUCCCUGGGUGUGUGUGUCAGGAGAGCUGGGUGAUUCAGGAGUUCGACAAAUCCCAAAGAAUACUCAAGAAAUCUAUUUCCAGUGCAAGAACCUGGGCAGACUGAGCACUCUGCAGCUGGGACAGGAGAACUCAGGCCUGCUGGCCAAGUGUCUGAUCGACUGUGUGAUGGUGUACAACGAGAUCACCGGACACACCUACAAGUUCCCGUGCGGCCGUUGGCUGGGGAAAGGCGUGGGCGACGGCAGCUUGGAGAGAGUCCUGAUUGGUCAGCUGGUGUCACCUGGUGCGGAGGAGGAUGCUGGAAGGUGGACAGGGACGCCUCCGGAGCUGGCCUCUCCUUCCCAGAGCGUACGGACAGUGCUGGGAUCGCUUGGCGGCCGGAGCAGAAUGCUUUCUGUUGAAGUGCACGAGGACAUGAGGGAGGCGGCGAAUAACCUGGUUAAACAUUUUCACAAACCUGAACAAGAGAGGGGAAACCUGACAGUGUUGUUAUGUGGUGAAGGGGGGCUGGUGCUUUCCUUGGAGAAGUUUCUCCUCCACGGGUUUAAAUCCAACCGCCUUUUCCAGAGGAACGUGUUUGUUUGGGACUUUGUAGAGAAAGCAGUGGUUUCCAUGGAGACCGCUGAUCAGAUGGGCGACCUGCAUGGAUCCACACUGACAAAAAGUCCACCCUGUGACUCACUGUGCCACUACGUCAACGCCAUCAAUGCCUCGCCCAGAAACAUCGGGAAAGAGGGGAAGUUCCAGCUGUUUGUCUGCUUGGGAAUCAGGGACCGCUUCCUCUACCAGUGGCUCCCCCUGUUGGCAGACUGUCCUCUGACAGCUCGGACGUAUGAGGACGGUGCUCUGCUGCGGGACCGCGCCGCCGUACACUCCCUGUCCCGCAUCCUGCACACCUUAAACGACUUCAGCAUCACCCUGGAAGCAGCACUGAUUAAAGGGGUCGACCUCUGACCCUGAAUCCCUUUCUGUAGCCUGAAGCACUCGAUGCCGAUGAGUGCAAACUAUCAUCUUUCCAUCUGUGAAGAAAAAGGAGGUACAUCCAGACUCUUGCAAAGAAACUUUAUCAUGAAAACAGCCACUGGAGGAGACGACGUCACUGGAAACUCAAGCACCAAACAUAUUGCCUUGUUCACUGAUGUAAAUGUCUGAUCUACUGUAUUUGCUUCAGGAAAUAGUCCUAUGCUUGUUUACACUGUGAAAUUCUGUUUUCCCAUAGAGGAUCAGAGUCAUUGAUACACUCACAUCCACAGUAGACAUCCACCCUGCUCAUGUCAUUUACUGUACCUGACCCUGGGACAACUAUACCUGUCUCUAACGCUGUAUUGCUUGCACUUGAAUUUUAAACAAAGCACUUGCAUGGCCAGAAUCUGUUUGUUUUGUCUUUGGGUGUUGUGACGUAAGAUAUCAAGACUCAGGCUUUAUUUAUCUUGUACUAGUUUUUCUUUACCUAAUGCAUUCAGUAUCUUAAUAGAUAUACUAUGAAACUGUUACCAGUGUAUAAUGUUAAAGAAUAUUACAUUAUUAUUAUGCCCUUGUUUGACUGCGUAAUGUCUGGCCUGAUUCUUUUUGUUUAUUUCAGUGUGGGGGGUCACAUGCUACAGAGUUGUGCUCAUGAAACCCACAGUUGGUGAAGCACUGGAACCAAACUGGUGUCCUAGUUGUGUCAGUUCAAAUAGCAUUUGCCAUUUUGUCAGAAAGCUUUUUAGUUUUUUUUUUUCUUUCUCUCGCAUUGUAAAUAAUUUCCCUUCAGAUCUUUGAUAGUAUUAUCCCAUCCAUGCAUCCAUCCCAUUUGACCUGUUCCAAUUUGUUAUGAUGGUGUAAUGGAUAUGUGGCAUAUUUUUCUGUAUAAAGGCAUCUUGUUUGUGUCUGUGUAAAACAAUAGAUUCCACUAUGGGCACCCUUUCUGAUGUGAAUAACAGUCAUGCUGUUGUUUCUAAGCUGUUCUAUUGUCUUUGUAAAAUCCAGACAAUGGAUAGAGCACAGGUUUGAAAAAAAAAGUAUUAUGUUGAUGUUGCAUUUAAUUUAACAGUUGAACUAUGAAAAUACUGUCUCUUGCACUAUCCCGCAAGCACUAUGUAACCCACGAUGACCAAGCCUCUAUUAUUGUUUAAAUACAAAUUAGGGAAAGCAAUAAUGAACUGUUAUUUAUGAAGUGUGCUGUCAAAGAUUAAAGAUAAUAUUGACAUAA